GGGAUAGGGUGGAAACAAGUUCAUCUGUCUACUCAUGACCCCCUCCCAGAAUAACUCAGGCAGCCCCCUAGGUGGAAACAAUGACACAAUUAGCUCCCAAUACCAAGGCCCUGACAUCACGAGGUGGGCGUGGCCAAGGAAUGGGGCUGCCACACCCCUUGGCAGGACCCUGCAGCCAAUGGGACUGGCUUGGAAGAGGCCCGGGCGGCCUCCAGAGCUUCAAAAACGUGUGAGGAGGGAAGAGGUGCAGACAGACUCUCAGCUGCUGCUGUCUCGGUCCUCGGUGUCACCGUCACCACUUCCUUGUCCAGAGCCCACGGUCAGGUCAGCAUGUCCUCUGCUCACUUCAACCGAGGGCCUGCCUACGGGCUGUCUGCUGAGGUCAAAAACAAGCUGGCCCAGAAGUAUGACCACCAGCGGGAGCAGGAGCUCAGAGAGUGGAUCGAGGGGGUGACAGGGCGUCGCAUCGGCAACAACUUCAUGGACGGCCUCAAAGACGGCAUCAUUCUUUGCGAAUUCAUCAACAAGCUCCAGCCAGGCUCAGUGAAGAAGGUAAAUGAAUCAACUCAAAAUUGGCACCAGCUGGAGAAUAUUGGUAAUUUCAUCAAGGCCAUUACCAAGUAUGGGGUGAAGCCUCAUGACAUCUUUGAGGCCAAUGACCUGUUUGAGAAUACCAACCACACACAAGUGCAGUCCACUCUCCUGGCCCUGGCCAGCAUGGCCAAGACAAAAGGAAACAAGGUCAACGUGGGGGUCAAGUACGCUGAGAAACAAGAGCGGAAGUUUGAACCAGAGAAGCUGAGAGAAGGACGGAACAUCAUUGGCCUGCAGAUGGGCACCAACAAGUUUGCGAGCCAACAGGGUAUGACAGCUUAUGGUACUCGGCGCCACCUUUAUGACCCAAAGUUGGGCACGGAUCAACCCCUGGACCAGGCCACUAUCAGCUUGCAGAUGGGCACUAACAAAGGAGCCAGCCAGGCUGGCAUGACUGCGCCGGGGACCAAGCGGCAGAUCUUCGAGCCAGGACUGGGCAUGGAGCACUGUGACAUGGCCAAUGUCAGUUUGCAGAUGGGGAGCAACAAGGGGGCCUCACAGCGGGGCAUGACGGUGUAUGGGCUACCGCGCCAGGUCUAUGAUCCCAAGUACUGCCUGACACCGGAGUACCCAGAGCUGGGCGAGCCCACCCACAACCAUCACCCACACAACUACUACAAUUCUGCUUAGGGACCCCAGAAGGGUCUGGCUGAUGCUCUUGGCUGGGCUCAGCUGGGCCCAGCCAACUCCCUUCCCCCUGCAUGGCAUUCCCCAAUCCCUUGCCUAUAGGGUUACAGUUUGGGGAGAGCAGACUGGGGGGGACUGGAGAGAAGGAAGGUGAUCCCUCCAUCCCUGUAGCUCUGCAGGGCCCAGCCUACAACUGGGUGUCCCCAACAGCACCCAAAAGACACACUGAGCAAAGCUAUUCCAACUGUUCCUCACUCUCACAUGUGGGUACCCCCAGAACCAGAAGCCCUCCAAGCAAAACCCCAAUAACCCAGGCUAAGCCUGAUCCUGCCCCAUUCCUGCAGCAGGAGCAAACUGCAUGCCCAGAAAUGCAGCGGACACACGCGGUUUGGUUUGCAGCGACUGGCUAUGUGGAUGUGACUGUGACUGUGGCGUUUGUAACGCAAGCACUUUUAUUUUUUUUAAAGUUCACUGGAGCACAAUAAAUGGCUGUAAAAUCA